AUGGUUACCACAGCCAAGCUCGGGAACACGGCCAUCCCUCACAGGGUCAUCGUUUCCCUGUGUGUGGCCAUAAAAGUCAUCGAUAAGAAGAGAGCCAAAAAGGACACCUAUGUCACCAAAAACCUGCGGCGAGAGGGGCAGAUCCAGCAGAUGAUCCGUCACCCCAACAUCACACAGCUCCUUGACAUCUUAGAGACGGAAAACAGCUACUACCUGGUCAUGGAGCUGUGCCCGGGGGGCAACCUGAUGCACAAGAUAUACGAGAAGAAGCGGCUGGAGGAGGCUGAAGCCCGCAGAUACAUCAGGCAGCUCAUCUCUGCCGUAGAGCACCUGCACCGGGCUGGGGUGGUCCACAGAGACUUGAAGAUAGAAAAUUUGCUACUAGAUGAAGACAAUAAUAUCAAGCUGAUUGACUUUGGUUUGAGCAACUGUGCGGGAAUCCUGGGUUACUCCGACCCGUUCAGUACGCAGUGUGGCAGCCCUGCCUAUGCCGCCCCCGAGCUGCUCGCCAGGAAGAAGUACGGCCCCAAAAUCGACGUCUGGUCCAUAGGCGUGAACAUGUAUGCCAUGCUGACUGGGACGCUGCCCUUCACGGUGGAGCCGUUCAGUCUUCGGGCUUUGUACCAGAAGAUGGUGGACAAGGAAAUGAACCCCCUCCCCACCCAGCUCUCCACAGGAGCCAUCAAUUUCCUGCGCUCUCUCCUGGAACCAGACCCUGUGAAGAGGCCAAAUAUUCAGCAAGCACUGGCGAAUCGCUGGCUUAAUGAGAAUUACACAGGCAAAGUGCCCUGUAACAUCACUUAUCCCAACAGGAUUUCCCUGGAAGACCUGAGCCCGAGCGUGGUGCUGCACAUGACGGAGAAGCUGGGCUACAAGAACAGCGACGUGAUCAACACUGUGCUCUCCAACCGCGCCUGCCACAUCCUCGCCAUCUACUUCCUCCUCAACAAGAAACUCGAGCGCUAUUUGUCAGGGAAAUCUGACAUCCAGGACAGCGUCUGCUACAAGACCCAGCUCUACCAGAUAGAAAAAUGCAGGGCCACCAAGGAGCCCUAUGAGGCCUCCCUGGACACCUGGACCAGAGACCUUGAAUUCCAUGCUGUGCAGGAUAAAAAGCCCAAAGAACAAGAAAAAAGAGGAGACUUUCUUCAUCGACCGUUCUCCAAGAAGUUGGACAAGAACCUGCCCUCACACAAGCAGCCCUCGUCCUCGCUCAUCACACAGCUGCAGAACACCAAAGCGCUGCUGAAGGACCGCAAGGCCCCCAAGUCCGCCUUCCCUGACAAAGAUUCCUUCGGCUGCCGCAACAUCUUCCGCAAAACCUCCGAUUCCAAUUGCGUGGCUUCUUCUUCCAUGGAGUUCAUCCCUGUCCCACCGCCCAGGACCCCCAGGAUAGUAAAGAAACUGGAGCCCCACCAGCAAGGGCCCGGGAGCACGGGCAUCGCCCCCAAGGAAGACCCCCUGAUGCUGGACAUGGUGCGCUCCUUCGAGUCUGUCGACCGCGACGACCACAUAGAACUGCUGUCCCCCUCUCAUCACUACAGGAUUCUGAACUCGCCUGUGAGCUUGGCUCGCAGAAAUUCCGGUGAGAGGACACUCUCCCCGGGGCUGCCGUCCGGAAGCACGUCACCUCUCCAAACUCCUUUGCAUCCCACUCUGAUCUCCUUUGCUCAUGAAGAUAAGAACAGCCCCCCCAAAGAGGAAGGCGUGUGCUCCCCACCUCCGGUUCCCAGCAGCGGCCCCACGCAGCCUCUGGGGAGCCCAAACUGCGUGAAAAGCCGAGGCAGGUUCCCCAUGAUGGGCGUCGGGCAGAUGUUGAGGAAGCGGCAUCAGAGCCUGCAGCCGUCUGUGGACAGGCCCCUGGAGGCCGGCGUGCCCCCGCUGCAGCCGGCAGCCCCCACGAGCCUGUCCUUUGACGUGGCCGAUGGGCUCAAGGGCCAGUGCUGACCUGGGCCGGCGGGAUUCUGGGUAUCUCUAAAGAAAAGCGAUGGGACAGAUGCACACGUCUGUCAGGGUGUGAACAAAGACCUUGAGCGGGCACCCUUUAAUGCCUCAUCUAUUCCUGCCCUGCAAUCCUGCCUGUAGCCGAAACCCACAGACCCGAAGCCUGCACAGUCCAGCCUCGCUUGGGGACCCUGGAGAUGCUGGGAGUGGAGAGGAGUGUCGGCUCCAGGGGCGGCCACUUCCAGCCGUUCGGAUUCCCCCUUCCUCCCACGUCCCACCCGUGGCCGUCGCCGGGCUUGCUGGGGAAACCGUGCUCCGGCUGCCCAGAUUACAGACUGUUACCAGACCUUUCUUCACUCUCUGCGACACGUGUGCCUCUCAGAGGGUUGUUCUCUUUUCAGCCAUCGGCCACGGUCACGUGGGGACCAACAGCGUCACAAAGUCACUCAUCCAGGGCACGGUGUCCUCCGCAGAGUGAAGCGGCCCCGCCUUUUGUAGCAACGAUUCCCCACCGGCCGGCAGGAGUUGGUGACAGGGAGUGGGGGGCCCAGGAACCUCCGGGAAGACAGCGAGGAGCCUCAGGCAGAGACUGAACCAAACGGCGGGACCCUGUGGAAAGGUACAGACGGAAGGAAACUCACGUCCCAAGCAAGGUUUUGACCGGUGUUUUUCUUUUAUUGAAACUUGCUAAAUGGUUGAAUGAUCUUCUCCAAAGAGAUUUUUGUUUAUGUGAUGUCGGUAAGUUGAAGUAGCAUAAAUUUUAAAAACCUGGAUGGAGAGAUGAGAGGCAAUUCCACCAAACUCACGUUUGUGCGAGAGAAUGCAGCGUGGAGAGCAAAAUUGCUCGCCCCGGUGACACGUUUCGUGGUGGUGGCCGGUGGGCGGGGGAGGAUCCCAGUUGUCCUGUGUUCAUCCCAUUGUAUCAACAGAGCCCUGAUCCUUCCGGAAGGCGUAGAACAUAGUUGGUUCUUUACAAAGAGGGAAAAGAUGGUCAUGGUGGGAUUCAGAUGGCAAGAAGACGUCGUUACCUCUGCAGUGCGGUUUUCCAGCUGCCCGGAAAACAAGUGCAGUUUAGAGCACAGCCAGUUUGCUGCGAGCUGUGAACAGGUUUGUCUGGCGGGAACCUGCUCAAAUAAAGGCCAGGUUCUUCUUCGAGGAGAGCAGCGUUCCCCACACAGGGUUCAGUCCAUACCGUGUCUUCACACCUUUCACCAAGGAUCGAACCAAAGAUGCAUCUCCGGUUUUGUGUCUGUACCAUCCCUGUGUGUGUGUUUUGUGGACCCUCCGUGUUGUUUGACUGUGUCCAGCUGGAGCCUGAUGGUGGCUGUCCACCACGUGGGGCCUCGGCCCUGGCAUUUGGCAGGGAGCACUUGGUCACGAACAGAAGCGGAAGAAGAAUCUGGAGCACAGGUUGGACAGUGGUUGGUUUUGGAGACUGGAAUCUUCAACUUUUCACUAGUGCAGCUGUGACUAGAGGCCACCACUGUGGUCCCCCUGGGGUAGUCAUCUCAUCCAUUGAUUCCAAGAUGGGCCAAGGCCCUUGAGAAUUGCAGAGCCAGCCUUCAUUUCCCUGGUAGCCAGCCCUUGCCAGAGGGCAGGGAGGUGGCUCUUGAUCGGUUCCUCAUUCACCGGUGGUGACUUCCCUUGGCCCCUCACGUCUCUGACUAAGCAAGAAGAAUGCUGUUUGGCUGACUGCAGAAACCCCUUCAAUGCCCCAGUUUUGGCUGACCUUGGCAAGACCUGGAGCUGCUUCCUGCCUCCCAAGGGGACAACCCCAGCUCCAGGCCAUGUUGGGAGGAGGUCAGACUCCUGGCUGUUGGCAUUAUUCCUGCGUAUAGCUUCAGACUGGGUUCCAGAACUUACCAAUGAAAACAGAGCUUUUUAAGAGAGAGAAGAUUGAAAAGAAAUCAUCUUUUCGAAGAAAUGACCCUCUCUCCAUCUGACACGAAGAGUUUGAUUUUCGGUUGGUGAAGGAAACUUUCCUAAAGGUGACUUCCAGCUGCAUCUGUCCCACUCUGCAAGUUCACGGGGUGUGCACCUGUGCAUUGUGACCUUUCUGGAGCCCCUGAUGUCUGUUUCUUGCACUGUAAUUUCCUCAAGAACAGGAGCGUUUCCGCGUAGCUGUUAGCCUGUGGGGAACGUGUUUGCCAUUCCUCGAGUGCUUCAAGAACAGCUGCAGACACCUGACCGCAUCGCCAUCGGUGACUUGGACUCUGAACUCAGGUUUAUUCUGAACACAGUGAGGUGAGGGGGGUGAGGCAGGGGGGAAAACUGUAUUUUUUGUGUGUGUGAGCACCUGACAAAUCUAUGAAACCAAGUAAAAGGAAAAAUGUUAAAUUCUUUAUUAUUUUAUUAUAUUUAUAUGGAAAACUUGACUAUCCCUUUGGUAAGUACAAGGUGUGUUGUCUGUCUGACCCAUGGCUGUCUCCCUUAGUCUGUGCCGGUGAUUCCAGUCGGCCUGGAGUUACUGACGGGAAGGACUGAACUGUCAUCGUGUGACGUCCAGGAGGAAAAGUCUGUUUUAAUUGUAUGAUUUGGUCAUAAGUAAGGACUGUGUUUGUGUCACCACCAUUAAAUAAGUGUACUUUUCUAAUGACUGUGAAAUACACUUUUCGCUCACUA